CUCUAUUGUAUUACAAACUAUCAUCGAAGUGUGUUCUGUGCCUGCGGUCCAAGGACCACAACAGCUUUUCCUGUUCUUGGAAACAAUUCUUUCAAUACUAUAUGCAUCAAUAUAUGCGUCGUCUUUGUCUCUUUGCUGUGUACGGAUAAGUCGAAAAAAUGCCUGAGGAUUUUCAAAGUGGUUCAUGUUCUGUGGAAAUUCCGCGGAAGAACAGUUUGAACAGUUUGAAGAAUGGAGGUGGUGAUAACUCCUCUUCGCCACGCUCUUCAUCGCCGGCAUUGGGUGGCCGUUACGUCAGCCUCAUCGACCGAAUAAACUGCCGUAUUGAUUCAAGAGACAGGUUCUUCUCACUCGAGUUCUUCCCGCCGAGAACUGCUAAUGGGGCAGUGAAUCUUAUUGCAAGAUUUGAUCGAAUGGCUAUAGGCCAGCCUCUCUUCUGUGACAUCACCUGGCAUCCAGCGGGUGAUCCAGGAUCAGACAAGCCGACGAGCUCAACCAUGAUUGCAAACACCAUGUUGAACUACUGCGGCAUCGAGACAAUGCUUCACAUGACCUGCUGCAACAUGACAAAGGCCGAGAUUACUGCAUACCUUGAGAAGGCCAAGGACCUGGGCAUCAGGAACAUCCUUGCCUUGAGAGGAGAUCCGCCUGUUGAUGAAGAAUGGAAGCCGAACCCAGAAGGUUUCGACUAUGCCACCGACCUUGUCCGACACAUGAGAGAAGUGUACGGGGAUUUCUUCACCAUCUGUGUUGCAGGUUAUCCCACAGGCCACCCUGACUGUGCCUCCUAUGAAGAGGACCUCCAGCACCUGAAGGAGAAAGUGGACGCUGGUGCCGAUUUUAUCAUAACCCAGCUAUUCUUCAAGGCCGAGACAUUCAUCAAGUUUGUUAAAGAUUGUCGGAAGAUUGGAAUUAAGUGCCCAAUUAUGCCUGGGAUCUUGCCAAUUCAGGCCUACCAGUCGCUGAAACACAUCUGCAAACUCUCCAAGCUGGACGUGCCCGAUGAGGUCAUCAGUGCCAUUGAGCCAAUCAAAGACAACGAUGAAGCGAUCCGUAACUACGGAGUGGACCAAGCUGUGAAAAUGUGUCGCGAAAUGUUUGCCAGUGGUGUAGUCCAUGGUCUCCAUUUCUACACCCUGAAUCGAGAAAUUGCAACCAUCAGUAUUUUGAAACAGAUUGGGUUAUGGACUGAGGAGGUUCAGCGUCCACUGCCAUGGAAACAAACUGCCAAUCACAUGCGUAGCUGUGAAGAAGUCCGUCCAAUAUUCUGGGGUGCUAGACCGAAGAGUUACGUUUACCGGACAUCCCAUUGGGAUGAAUAUCCUAACGGACGUUGGGGGAAUUCGGCCUCGGCCGCGUUUGGAGAACUGAAAGACUAUUACCUGUUUUACUUGAAGAGUAAGACACCGAAAGAGGACCAGCUAAAGAUGUGGGGAUAUGAGCUUACCUGUGAGCAGGAUGUUUGGGACGUAUUUUAUAACUUUGUCACCAAGGACAAGAACAAGAAUGGAGUGAAGGUCAAGACUAUCCCAUGGUGCGAUGAUGACUUGGCAUUGGAGACGCAACCAAUAGUGGAUCGCCUGGCAUCGAUCAACAAACGUGGUGUGUUGACAAUCAAUUCGCAACCAAACGUGAGCUGUCUGCCAUCGUCUGAUCCCAUCCAUGGCUGGGGCAGUCCUGGGGGUUACGUCUUCCAGAAGGCAUAUUUGGAGUUCUUCACUUCCAAAGAAAACGUUGAUCAUUUGAAAGAGGUGCUGAAGAAAUAUGGCGACCGCAUCAACUAUCAUAUAAUCAACUACAAUGCAGAGGUAGACUACUCAAACUGUGACGAGAUGCAACCCCUGGCGGUGACGUGGGGCGUCUUCCCGGGCAAGGAGAUCAUGCAGCCGACAGUGGUCGAUCCAAUUGCUUUCAAGUUCUGGAAGGACGAGGCAUUUGGACUCUGGCGAGAGCAGUGGGCAACGUUAUACCCCGAGGGCUCGUCGUCAAGGGACCUGAUCCAUGGCAUCAUCAACAACUAUUACUUGGUCAAUCUGGUUGACAACGACUUCCCCAACGAAUGUUGUCUGUGGAACGUUGUCGGGGAAAUGUUGAAGCUUCGCGAGCAGGAUUUGAGGAACCGUUCCAAUUCUGAGCCGAUCCCUGAAGACGUUGAUAUGGAAACUGCCCAGCAAUCGCAUUCAUGAACAAGAGACUCAACAUGACGUGGAAAAUGUGGUGCUUGUCCAUGUCAUAUAAGCAUAGAGAACUGGCAUUUGACUUUCAUGAUAUUAUUCUCAGUGUGCCACAGUUCAGAGAAAAAUCUGAUGAUGUUUAAGUUUUUGAUUUUACCUGAGUUGGUCUGCAAUUAUUUUGUACUCUGCUUUAGGCAUAAACCUGUCUAUCUAUACCCUUUGCGCAAGAGAUUAUUUGACAUAGGUGCCUUGUGUUUAUUUGGCUACCCCGUUUCAAGGACCGAUGAUUUGUCUUGUUCACAUGUAUUGAUGCGGGUAACCCAUAUAUUGAUGGACAGAGGACCAAUGUAUAAUGGGACCUUGUUUGGACAUAGUGUAUUUAUAUAUUGUUUGCUCAUUUUAGGGCCAUCAUCAGUAUAACUAUGAAAUAAUUGUAUUGCUUGGAGUUUCUUCGUGUCAUCGGUGAGAGGGGUUGUAUUUUGUCUAUAUAUUGUCGAAUGCAUGUUUGUGGAACAAACACAUGUAUAGUAGGACCAUGAUGAAUGAAUAUUGUUUCUCUGCCACAUGUAUAAUUUCAGGCUAUUGCUACAUGUUGCUAUUUAGAAUUAUUUACUGGUUAGUUCAUUGAUUGUAAUAAUGAGUUCUAUAUAACUGCUCUGUAAUUCUCAAGAAUACAGUUGUUUUUAAGUCAAUUGUCAAUUGAAUGAUUGUAUAACAAAGGCAUUAUUAUUUUACAAGUAUUGUCUUCUGGUAUUAUAAUACUGUAGUAUUUGUGAGGAGAAUAAUAAAAGAGAUGAAUUUGCCACGA